AUGAUCCUGGUUGAAAUUUUUGAGCCUAGAAAGAGAAAUGUCAAUGCAUUUGAACUGUGCAAGCUGAAGGACAUCUAUUUUCCCUAUAUUUAGUGUGAUGAAGUAUCCAAGCAUGGGAAGACCUGCAGACCAGCUGUAUUUCAGGUUGAUGGUGUUGAUUUAGCUGAAAUUGAAGGUGGAGAGAUUGUAGUUACCAACUUACAUUCUUGCAACGGGCCAGAGUUUGUCAUACAUGUGCACUUCUCUAUUACCCAAAAAACCAGGGCAUCCGAAUCUCCUGGUUGCGCAACUGCUAUGGAAGCCAAUGCACGCUUGAUAAAAUGUGUUUAUUUUCCUUUUGUUCAGGGCAAGGAGAAUAUCGAGAGGAUCUUGGAGGAUUUAGAAGCUGAAGGAUGUGGAGUUGCUGAAAAUUAUGAAACCUUUAGCCGUGUUUCAAUCCAGAGACUUGGUCGGUUACUUCCAGAUUCUCGGUGGGCGAGUUUCGACCAUAAUCACUGGUUUAUCAAUCAAGAACUUGUUUGUGUACGGCUUCCUUUCAUGGAACCAAAGUCUGGGAAAGGAGAUAAAGCUCAUCGAUUGAAGAGAUGCUACUCGAGAGCAAAAUGCUUUAUUGACAGACCUUGCCCAGCACAACUCUUUUACCUAUGGAGAAAAAAGGUCAAUGUGGAAGUUUAUAGAGAGGGGAAGCUGUUGACUCCUUUGCAACUGGAAAAGGAGUAUCAGGAUUGGAUUUUCCAAAUGCAUAACCAAUAUGAUGAAGAAAGCAACAGUGGUGAGGGCCAACCGAUGUUUGUUAUCAACCCUUCAAAUAAGAAGGCUCUUGGCAUGUCCUCUGAUGUUGUAAGGGUGCAUCAAGGAAUGAAAAGGAAGGGAAAGUCCUAGAGAAGUGGUCAGAAAAUCAAAAUUUUGAAGGUCGCAUAUGCAGGAUUUCAUAAGAAUAAUGUCUAUGGUACUUUGGAGUACUUUUCAUUGGAAGGUCUUCAAGGGGAUGCUGGUGGGGAGGCACGAACUAUUUGCAGACCUCUGCCAGUGCCUGAGGGGGAUGGCCGCAAAUUAUCCAACAUAGAUGAAAAUCCCGAUUUAGAUAUCCACAACUCUCAGUCCUUGCCGAUCGGUUUGAUUGAUUCUGGAAAGUUGGUAUCUAUUGAAGAAUCUGAAUGGGAAUCCCAGUUGGAGAAGCAGCGCCAAAAACUUCCUUGUAGAAUUGACUUGCUUGGAUGUGAAGAUUGUGAAGAACUAAAGAUUGAUGGGGCAUUACCUAGUGAUGGACCAAUAUCUGCCAGACGAGACACACCAAGGGAACUUGUGGCUGUUCUUCGCCCUUCAAGCUUCGGUUCCUCCAGUGUUUCGACUAAAUUGGCUCAGAAAUUCAUCAUCAAGGAAAACAUAGAAAUGACUAUGGAGGUCAAAUUUAUAAGUGCUGUUGAUAAAUCUCAAGAUGAUCAUGUGUACUCGUUAAGGAAGACACCUUCUUCCCAUGAAGGGUUACAUGGUCUCUAUGUCUUUGCAUUUGGAAGCAAGUUCCCGAAAUCAUUCCGGAAAGUUGGUGUUUACGGAGUUGGAUCAUGUUUCCCACGGUCGUCCAUUGCAUGCUACGACAGUUAUGAGAAUCGUGUUCAAUUCACAUCAAGCCAAGACAUCACGGUUAAACUCGUAACAGGAAGUGUUACUACGUGUGUAAAAAAUUUAAAGCAGAUCUUUCAGUUAAUAAAAAAGAGCUCUGAUUGUUGCUUUUGUCACAUGCUCCUAUACAUUCAUAGUUACCCGGAAUAUGCAGUUUUACUGGAUGAUAAUGCAGAUUUUCUUAGAGCAUGCUCGGGCAAUGUCACAGGGAUUUUCCUUUAUCUCAUAUAUAAUUCUCUUCAUGUUCUGAUUGGUGAUGUCUUUCAGAUUUUCGAUGCUUAUGGCAAUCACGUCUCAGAGGACACUGAAGUACCUUUGGUUCUGGAUGGGUUUUACAUUGAGGAUGAGAUGGGUUUAAAGCAUAAGAUAAAAGUGUUUUUUUUUAUCCUUUUCAGGGGUGGUGAUGUCGAUAGUAAUGGAUUUGUUGACCUCAGUGGCAUCUUGAAAGUGGUGGCAUACUAUGGAAAGAAAGAUAGUUUUCUCAAUUUCAUCGCUUGGAAGGGUAUGAGCCUGGGUGCUGGGGGCAAAAUUAGAAUUUGCGGAGUUGCCAAAAGUAUCUCCACUGGUAAAUUAGUAAUAUCUGUUAAAUUGCGUGCGGUCUCGCUGUCUAUCUUAUCUGACGGCGAAAGUAUAUUCAGUAUAGAGACCCAAACUGAGGAGAGGGAGAUGACAAUGGAAUCAAGGAUUAAUGUUAUGCAUGCUUCAAUGAUGGAGAAUGAUACUCUACUACUGUGUAAGAAUGAGGAUGUUAUGGUGAUCCCUAGCUUAUCAACCCCUGUAAAUGCAGAGAACUUACUUUCAGUCAUUAAUACUAAGGGUCUUGAGGAUGAUAUUGAUGAAAUGGAAAUGGAUUAUCUGUUCCUAAAGGAGGAAAUAUUGGAACGAAUCCAGAGCAAGGAUCAGCAUAUUGCACUUCUUGGAACAGUUUCCACUACUCAACUCAGCAGAAUAUUAGCCAAGUACCUCGGGGAAGAUCAGAUGCUCGCGGUUGUCUGUAGAUCCUAUGAUGCGGCAUUCUCUCUCAAGAAAUAUGAGCUAAAUGGAGAAGUUGAUGCUAGAUUUGCCCUUUAUGCAAAAGCAGCUGAGCUUGGAGUAUCAAUGAAUGGCCAAUUCCUUGUCGUGUGCCUUGACGACAUUAUGCCAUAUGCUGGGGAUUUUUAUGGCCAUAAUUCUGAGAGAGAGCUAAAAUUACCUGAACCUUUUCUGCCAACUGGAGAAAUUCCUCAAGGAUUUAUUGGAUACGCGGUUAAUAUGAUUGAUAUAGAAACUGACAGUUUGGGCACCAGGACUGGAAAGGGAGGAGGCCUUCGGGAAACACUAUUCUAUUGCCUCUUUGGGGAGCUUCAGGUGAAUGACACCAGGGAAAACGUGAAAGAGGCUCGGAUGUCCAUCAAGCAUGGUGCAGUAUCCGUCAACGGAGGAAUUUUGAGAGAAAAUGGUCUGAUGUCUCUUGGCUAUUGGGAGCCAGAAAUUUGCUUUCCAGUUGUGCCCAAAGUUCGGUCAGGUGGCUCUUCAGGAAAUAGUGCAGAAAACAUGAGGCUGUUCGAAGAGAAGAAACAGGAGUUGAGAUCUAACCCUCCACUGCAUUGAAAAGGUUAAAAGAGAGCAUGAGGAAUGUUUGAAAACCUUCAAGGAGAAAACCAAUAAGUUAUGGAAGAUGUACGACAUUCUGGAAUCUUUGAGAAAAGAGUUGUUCAAGGAUUUCGUGCAGUGGAAUGAAACCGACGGGAAAUUAGCUCUUGCUGGUCCAGAUUGCUCGCUGUAGAAAGAAGACUUGUUGCAGAGUUAGGAAUAGAAUAGUUCUUGUUAAGCGAUAAAGAAUAGGAUCGAUGACGACCAUGGGGAUUUACAUCGAAAAGCAGUAGCUUGGUAUCGAACUGGUAUGUAUCGACAACUUGCAGGUCCCGGUGAUUAUUGAAACAUGAUAUGGCGAAGAAAGUUGCAAUGAUCUGUAUGUAGUCAAAACUAGUCCUCUUUCGGGUUAGUUUUCUUGGUGGAAACCAAUUGCUGGGAGAUGUGCAUUGUUUUUCUAUGGCAUUGAUGCAAGUAUGGACCCUCAA